UUUUAAUGGCUUGAGGUGGAAAAGCCCAAUAACGGGCUCCGAUGCUGCGCUGUUCCGCCUCUCUCGCUGUCAUCACUUAGCCGAGCCGUGUUAUGAUGACAACAAGAAUAUUCAGCCGUGGGACGGAGUAUAUAUGAGUCUUAAACCCUGAGUCUUUUGCUUAUUUUCACGCAAAUAGCUCGAUUAGUGUGUAGCCAGCGCAUUCCCGGUCCUCCUCUUCCAGCUCCCAGUGUGCCGCUUACCGACUGCCGCAGCCUGACAACCGCUACACAGUCAACGGCAAGAUGCUACUACCACACUCCGGUCUGCUUAUCGGCGUUCUCUGGAUUGUCGUCUUCAGCGCCGCUGGUGUGAAAUGUCUGAAUGGCGAAGAAGACCAGUCUCAAGACAUGGAGUGCAAAAUGAAAAGCGUUUCGGUAUCCGCUUUGCCGUUUUUGCGAGAGAACGACCUGAGCAUCAUGCACAGCCCAUCGGCCUCCGAGCCCAAGCUGCUAUUCUCCGUCAGGAACGAUUUUCCGGGCGAGAUAGUCGUUGUUGACGACUUGGAAAAUACGGAGCUCCCGUAUUUUGUAUUGGAGAUCUCUGGGAACUCUGAAGACAUCCCCCUGGUUCGCUGGAGGCAGCAAUGGUUGGAAAAUGGCACUUUGCUCUUCCACAUCCACCAUCAGGACGGGAGUCAGAACUUGCCUGGCCCGGCGGCAACUGCUUACCCCGCUAGUGACUCCGCUGAGGAAGAGCUUCGUAUCCUGCACAUCUCUGUCAUGGGUGGUAUGAUCGCUCUUCUGCUGUCCAUCCUCUGUUUGGUGUUGAUCCUGUACACUCGUAGACGCUGGUGUAAACGUCGCCGCGUACCUCAGCCGCAAAAGAGCGCUAGUGCUGAAGCAGCCAAUGAGAUCCACUACAUCCCCUCUGUGCUGAUGGGUGGACAGGCCCGGGAAAGUUUGAGAAAUUCUCGCGGACAGGGUCAUAACUCAAGCGGCACCCUCAGCAUCCGUGAGACUCCGAUCUUGGACGGGUAUGAGUAUGACAUCACAGACCUACGCCACCACCUGCAGCGGGAGUGCAUGAACGGCGGCGAGGACUUCACGAGUCAGGUGACACGUACACUUGACUCACUUCAAGGGUGCAAUGACAAAGCUGGCAUGGAUCUCACUCCAGGGAACGAUAGCACAAAACUGUCCCUAAUGAGCAAGUACAAGGACAACAUCAUAGCUACCAGUCCUGUCGACAGCAACCACCAGCAAAACACGCUCCUCCCACACAACACCUCCACCAACCAGCGGAAGCGUUUGUCCAGCAAAACACAUGCGGGUUCAACUUUCCUGAACCCGGAUGGAGACUCUGGGACGGAGGCGGACAGUGAGCCACAGCUGACCUUCUACACUGACCCAAACCGCAGCCGCCGUCGCAGUCGAGGUUCCCCACGGAGUCCUAUCAACAAGACCACCCUUACUUUGAUCAGCGUGGUGAGCUGUGUGAUCGGCCUGGUCUGUGCGUCUCACCUCUCCUGUAGCCUCAACGUCAGAGUCAUUCUCCACGUUCCGGAGCACCUCAUUGCAGACGGCUCCAGAUUCGUUCUUCUCCAGGGCAGCCAGCUGGAUGCAUCUGAUUGGCUGAACCCCGCCCAGGUGCUGCUGUACUACCAGCAGAAUGCCAGUGGCCCCUGGGUCAAUGAUCUGUGUGGCCGCCGUCUCUUGGACCCCUGUGAGCAUCAGUGUGACCCAGAUACAGGAGAAUGCCUCUGUUUCGAUGGCUACAUGAAGGACCCUGUGCAUAAGCAUCUGUGUAUUCGCAACGAAUGGGGCCCAAAUCAGGGCCCAUGGCCCUACACCAUUUUCCAACGUGGUUUUGACUUGGUGAUGGGAGAGCAGCCAUCUGAUCGCAUUUUUAGAUUCACAUACACUCUUGGAGAAGGCAUGUGGCUGCCACUUAGCAAAAGCUUUGUCAUUCCUCCAGCUGAGCUGGCCAUCAACCCCUCUGCCAAGUGCAAGACAGAUAUGACUGUCAUGGAGGACGCAGUGGAUGUCAGGGAGGAGCUGAUGAUUUCUUCGUCCUUUGACAGUCUGGAAGUGCUGCUCGACUCUUUUGGCCCGGUGCGCGACUGCUCAAAAGACAAUGGAGGCUGCAGCCGAAAUUUCCGUUGCAUCUCUGAUCGCAAAUUGGACUCCACUGGCUGUGUGUGUCCUCCUGGUUUGAGCCCGAUGAAGGAUGGCACUGGUUGCUAUGACCAUCACAUUGGCAUUGACUGCUCUGACGGCUUUAAUGGGGGCUGCGAACAGCUGUGCCUUCAGCAGCUGGCACCUCUGGAGGAGGACCCUACUCUCUACAACAUCCUGAUGUUCUGCGGAUGUAUUGAAGAUUAUAAGAGAGGAGCAGAUGGCCGCUCAUGUCAGCCGCUGUCAGAAGCCUGCACUGAGGGAGUGGACUGUGGGGACAUAGCUGACAUCCCAGCCAACCAGACUGUGUUUGGGGACCUCUUCUACGGCUACAAUAACCACACCAAAGAGAUUACAUCUGGACAGAUCCUUAAGGCUUCCUUCAGGCAGAAGAACUUUGCCCGUGGCAUCGAGCAGCAGCUCCCGGAUGGCAUGGUGGUUGCAUCUGUUCCAACUGAAGCCCAGUGUCAUGAGGAGCUGUCUGACCCAGUGCCUGAUCCAGAGUACCUGACUGGUAUGGUAAACUACAGUGAGGUUACUGGUUAUCCACUGGUCCAGCACUGGAAGCUGCGGUCCAUUAUGUACCAUGUGAAGCUCAAUCAGUGGACCCUCUCCCAAGCCUUCAGUUCAGCAGUUCAUUCACUGGAAGGGGCCACUCUGCGCAGUGAUUUUGUGUCCAUUUUAAAAGACUUUGGCAACCAUUUUAUCCAGGAGGCAGUGUAUGGCUUUGAGGAAUCCUGUACCAUAUGGUAUCCCAACAAGCAAGUUCAGCGCCAGCUGUGGUUGGAGUACCAGGAUAUCAGCAAAGGAAACUCUCCAUCAGAUGAAUCGGAGGAGCGGGACAAAGAACCACGCACACUUACUUACCCAGCAUACAUUGCCAGCCUGCUGGACUCGGGUGCCAAGCGCAUGGCGGCGGGGGUGCGCAUGGACUGCAGCAGCCAGGGCCAGUGCCCUCUGUCCUGCCACCUCUGCCACAUGAGCCCUGGGCCUGCACGUCCUGCAGAACCUGUGCUGCUCAACAUCACUAAAGCCACGCCAAUCUACGAGCUGGUCAACAGCAAUGAGACCUACCAGGCUCUGCAGGUGGCCAUGAUGAGUGUACUGUGGUGCUCUGCUAAAGGUGAUGUUAUUGAUGACUGGUGUCGAUGUGACUCCAAUGCCUUUGGCAUAGAUGGACUCCCAACCUGUGCUCCUCUACCUCAACCUAUGCUCAAGCUGUCCCAUUCGUAUGAGCCCAGCAGUUCAUUGGUCAUCAUAGAAUGGAAUCAUGCAGAGCCACCAAUCGGAGUGAGAAUUGUUGAUUACCUCAUCAGUCAAGAGAAGGUGACAGAGCGGACUGAUCACUCUAAAGUUGAGACAGAGACCAUGUUGAGUUUCGUGGAUGACAUCAUGUCAGGGGCCAAAUCUCCAUGUGUGAUGCUCGGGGACAUCCCGGAUCCCCUCUCCUCUAUCUCCUUGAUCAUACGCUGUCUGGAGCCAGACACUACAUAUAUGUUUCGGCUGUGGGCGGUGGACAACACGGGUCGGCGUUCCAGUCCGAGUGCAGUGACGAUCAAAACUCCCUGUCCCGCCGUGGAUGAUGUCAAGGCUCAAGGUAGAGAAUUGCUUGCAUAUUGUACAAUAAACUUCUUGGGUUUGGAAAGCAUGCAUAGGAUUAUAAAUCAUCUGAUUCGGUUGUGUGUUGUCUCAUAA